AUGGGACAACUUAUUUCAGGUCCGGUGACGCUUAAGGACACAAAAUUUUGCCAAAACGGCAUGUUUUCUGUCGCGGCUUCGAGCAUGCAGGGUUGGCGAGUUCGCAUGGAGGACUCAUUUACUUGCUUCCUUAAUUUGCCCGAUGAUCCUUCAGCUGCAUACUUUGCUAUCUUUGAUGGUCAUGGUGGAAACGGUGUGUCGGAGUACGCGGCUUCACAUCUGCACACAGCAAUCACCUCCCUGCCAGAAUAUGGUAAAGUAAUCCAGUUUUUAAACACCUCUAAGGGAGAUGUGGAAAAGGCCCUUCGACUGGGAUUCCUCAGUCUUGAUUCCGAAAUGCGUACCAGGUUUUCCCAUCAACCCACUACGAAAUCGUCAAAGGCCGACCACAGUCCCAGACUCUCACACAAGGAGACCGGUGGGAGUGUCAGCAGCAGCGGCGCUGCAAACACCAUUGUUGGCAGCCCUAACAACUGUAGUAGGUCCUCAGUCCUAUCUUCGUCUGUCGGGGAUGUUGGCGGCUCCACGUGCAUCGUGCUACUCGUCCGCGAUGGGCAAAUCUAUUGUGCCAACUGUGGGGACAGCCGAGCCGUCAUUAGUUGCCUCGGUGUUGCAGAAGCCUUCUCAACCGACCACAAACCCAGUCUGCCGAGGGAACGUUCGCGCAUCCUGGCAGCGGGUGGGUGGAUCAGUGGUGGCAAUCGCGUGAAUGGUAAUUUGGCCUUGUCCCGAGCCCUGGGCGACUUCACCUUCAAGCGCAAUCCCCAGUUGUCACCUGUAGAUCAGAUUAUUUCCCCAGAACCGGAUGUCAGCUGCAGAGACAUUCGUCCCGAGGAGGACGAGUUCAUUGUCAUGGGCUGUGAUGGCAUCUGGGACGUUCUCACCGACCAGGAGGUUGUGCACUUUGUUCGUAGUCGUCUGGCUGCCGGCAGUCCGCCUGAUUCGGUUAGUUUGCCCUUUGUUUAA